GCAAAAUAACAGUCACAACUUUAUCAUUGCAAUUGAGCAUUGAGAGAGAAUGACAGUAUGGUAGAAGACAUCGCGUACUAAAGGUAACCAAUUAAGGAACUUGAUUCACUUGAGCUAUUUUGCUAUUGAUCUACUUUCUCCCCCUCGCAGAACAUUUACUUUAAGCGACUGGAAUCAAACGCUAUGGCUCAUAACACUUAUGACUCCUGCCGAAUUCAUUGGCUGAAAGGAAAAAAAUGAUCAGUUCGGUGGAGAGAGAGAGAGAGAAAAAAUAACAACUUGUUUGCUCUCAUCUUUUUACUUAAAUGUUUUCCUUGGUCGAGGAUUUAAUGCUGGUGUAAUGGUCUUGAUACAAUUUGGAAAUAACCUAACGGAAAUUUCCAAUUAUUCCACGAACCUUGCAGUUCAGAGCGGAGAUCAAGGGGGAUACAAUGGCUCUUUGUUGAAUGACAGUGGAUCGUUUGAUUCCAAAUCGUUCGUUAUUGCUUAUCUUGGAAAACAGCAAGGAGAUACCGGUCUUGUGGUGGCACUGACUAUUGUUUACAUGGUGGUGUACUUGAGUGGUGUGUUGGGUAAUUCAUUAACGUUUCUGGUUAUUUACAAAAAUGCCUAUAUGAGAACGGUGACCAAUUGCUACCUGAUGAGCCUCGCGCUGUCUGAUCUGCUUACAAUAUCAGUCGCGUUACCACCGGAAGUUUACACCAUCUGGGAAGCGUAUCCAUGGAGAUUCGGCGAGCCAUUUUGCAUAUUCAAGGCCUUCCUCCUAGAAUGGACCUCGUACGCAUCUGUGCUGACCAUAACAGGAUUCACUGUGGAACGCUACAUCGCAAUAUGUCACCCAAUAACGGGACAAAAAGUGACGCGACAAUCCAGAGCUUUCAAAUGCAUCAUUUGCAUAUGGAUAAUAUCAGCAUGCUGUGCUCUGCCCUAUCCGUUUCACACACGCACAUUUUAUUAUCUGAAUGAUCCGAGGACUAAUCUGCCAAUUACAGACACAUUAUUGUGCAACAUUCCUGUAGAAUGGCAUAAGCGCAUGAUCGUCAUGUUCCAAGUGUCAACGUUCGCUUUCUUUUUUCUUCCAAUGACUGUUAUAACAAUUAUGUAUAUUUUGAUCGGAAUUCGACUGCGCAGGACGGAAGUGGAUACAUCCAUGGGAAUCCAAUACAAAGGGGCGCUAUCCACGACCGCUAGAGCUAGGAAAGCUGUUCUAAAGAUGCUAGUGGCCGUAGUGGUAGCCUUCUUCCUGUGCUGGGCGCCAUUUCACGCACAAAGACUAAUGACUCUAUACGUCAAGGACUGGAGCCCGGAGUCCAUGGAAUUCCACAGCCAUUUGUUUUACAUAUCAGGUGUUUUAUAUUUUGUAAGUUCGACGGUAAAUCCAAUUCUAUAUAACCUUCUGUCCAGAAAAUUCCGCUACGCAUUCAAAAGGACCUUUUGUCGGUGUUGUUUGAAUUUGGAACCUUUCCCUACAUUUUAUAAACUGAAGGCAAUAUUCAUCAACAGGAGCGAUCAAAACACCGGAUCCCCGAGCCCGAGGUUUAUUUAUCCCCAAAAGCCAGUUGGAAUGGAUACGUUCUUUAAUAAACACGGUGGCAGUCUUUCUGCAAACAGUAGACCUGUUAAACAAGCAUCGACCAAAGACACUGUUGUCAAGUGCUCGUCGUCAAGUAGUAGUUCGCAUGCGCACUCGGACGGAAGACUCCAUUUUAUAUGUCGUCACAAAAGUUGUAGCAGUAAUAGGAUUCGAUUGAGCUUAGAAAUCAACUCGGUGUAUAAACAGUUUAAUAAUGCAUCGUGUCAGGAUAUCGAAACACUAAGAAAAAUGAAGUGUUUCAAACAAUUAUCUAAGUUUGAUUCCAAGGAAGGGGACACGGAAAAAGAGUAUGACGUCACAGCGAGUCUGAUAUGAUUAUUUGGGAAAAUAUUGGCAUAAUCAUAUCAUAAUUAUUGUAUAUUUUUAAUAUAAAUACAAAAAAAGAAUAUUUGUUAUAUGAAUUUUUGUUUGAUUUCUUACAACAAAUUAAAAUCGUUCUAUUGCAUGAACAGCAAAACCCAAUUUCAAGAACAUAAAGCAUAUUUGUCAUGAAUUUGCAUUUAAAUGCAACAUUAGAAUUGACUAUGUUCAAACCUUAUCGUUCGACAUGACAUUUUGGGU